AUGGAGGAUGUCAAGAAGAUAAGUGGGUGGUCCGCUGCCAGGGUUAAGGCUGACAAGUUUGAAGAGGUUGAUUUUGAUAACCUUGUCACCGAGGAGAAUUUAAGGCAAUUUCUCGGAUACGACAUCCCGAGAGACAAGCAGCUGAUCACCAAGAGAGGGGCUAUUAAGAAGAGGAAUGACGCUCCUCCAUCUCCGAGGCCUGUUACUAAGAAGAGGCCUUUCAAAAGUUCUGAAGAGGUUCUCAAGGAUGUCCCUCUGCAAAAGAAACAGAAAAUUCCUUUGGCUGCCUUGGGUGCAAGGAGAACUCCUCCUUCGGCUCCGUCGUCUGGAGCGAACGUUGAAGAGGGAUCUGCAAGCUUUCGGGGUUUCAUUCCCGAGGUUUCUCUUACACCCGAGGUUAGUCCUGCUACGUCCUUUGUUCUAAGGGAUGAGUCUGGUUCCGAGGCCUCGUUCCAGGGUGAACAAUGUGCAGAAACUUCUUUUGCUGAACAUCCUCUCUGGACUUCGACAACGGAUGCCCCGGAACCCGAGUCGACAACGGACGCCCCGGAACCCGAGAGGUCUGGAGAAGAAGAUGGGAAUGUACCUGAGGCCCGAGACAUUCUCGUCGCGCGCAGGGUGAAGCAUCCAGCCAGGAAGCGGAAGUUCACAGCCCAGGACCGAAUCGCUGAAAAGCUUUUGGAAGCCGAGCGGAUGUGGGGCAAGGCGGUUAUAAGACCUUCUGAUGCCGAGGAAGUGCGCCAAGAGCCUAUUACUUCAUGUGGUGAAUCUCUAGAAGAGAUGGGUGAAGAAGUGGGCACCCCCCGAGCUGAGCCUCUUGUUGAGGAGUUUGAAGUUGAAGGUACUCCCCGAACUCCUUCUUCGGAACGUCCAGAAACACCACCACUUCCCGAGGAAAACCUUGAAAUGGGGCCUGCCACCCCCCAAGCGUCUGUGCAACUUGGAACUCAUACUGGAGUACCUGAGGCUGAAAAUGUCGAAGAGCCUAGCCCCUCUCGGGAAGUGGUUGAUCAGGAGGUGCCGUGCUCUGCUUCUGAAGCUCAAGAUGCAGGUCAACCCGAAGUGACUCCCCAUCUCGGAGUGCCUGAGGAGUCUUGGAUCGACUCCGAGAAUGUCCUUCCUGAAGCUGGUGUGCUUCCCGAGACUUCUACUAGGAGCGAGUCUAGAUUAAGAUCUGAUGGGUCCGAAGCGGCUCCAAGUGUAGGGACUGUACCUAAUGUGGGUCCUAGCUCUUCCUCUAGGGUCUCGGCCGGUUUCGAAGUUUUAGGCAGGGGUCUUCUGGGUCAUCCAAUAGAGGCUAUAAAGAACCUAAUCCCCGAUGGGUAUCUGGGAAAUGCAGGGGCGUCUUCUCCCGAGAAGAUUGCUCAAGGCAUUCUUAUCUCCCAUUAUCAAGUAAGUUUCUGGAGCUAG